CGUCUGACGUAUGAAUCAUUGUUCCCAAGAUGGCGGUGCACCUGUUCCGUCCGCGGUGAUCCUUCAUGUUUUCACUUUAACAUCAGGGAAUACGGCACCGACAACACACUGAAAAUACACAGGCGGAGUAGUUCAACAUCUGCGGGUGAAUCAGUCAUUCGACAUGUCCACGGAGGAGCUGUCAGCCUCGGACAGUGAGGCUGCCCUGGCCGGGGCCGGGGAGCGAUGGGCUCCGGUGGGCGCCGUGGCGAACCCGGAGGAUGAGAGCGGGAGGAGGGUCGCCGGUCAGCCGAGGCAGAGGUGUUCCAGCUCGGCCACAGAGGAGGAAAUGGCCGCCAGGCUGAGGAAACUGGAAGAAGAACAGGAGCAGCUGAACUCGUCUCUGCUCGCGCUCACUUCCCACUUCGCGCAGGUCCAGUUCAGACUGAAGCAGAUCGUCCACGCGCAGACCGAGGAGAAGGAGAGGAUGCUGCAGGAGCUCGAGGAGUUCGCCUUCAGGGGCUGUCCGCACGUGGUGGGCUGCAGGGCGCAGGAUGCAACCCAGCUGCACAACACGGGUGACUUGAGUGAGAGAGAGAAGAGGGAACGUCUGGAGGCUCAGCGAGAAAAACAAAAGGAUCUUAUUUUCCAGCUGAAGACCCAGCUGGAUGACCUGGAACGCUUCGCUUAUCAGGAGGGCAGCUACGAUUCGCUGCCUCAGUCUGUUGUCAUGGAGAGACAGAAGGUCAUCAUAGAUGAGUUGAUCAAAAAGCUGGAUGUCAACCUGAACGAGGACAUUGGGAAUUUGACGCCUGAGGAGCUGAGGCAGAGAGUGGACGCCGCUAUCGCUCAGAUUGUCAAUCCAGCCAGAGUCAAAGAGCAGCUGGUGGAUCAGCUCAAAACCCAGAUCAGGGACCUGGAGAUGUUCAUCAACUUCAUCCAGGAUGAGGUAGGAAACCCUCUCCUGUCAGAGGGUGGACACAACCAGCAGCCGCAAGCAGCAGGGACAAAAACCAGAGCUCCAGGAGUGAAGAAAGUGGACCCAGAACAGGCCCAGAAGAUGCGUGAGACGGGUUUGCAGCUGAUCCAGAAAGCCCUCGCUGUGCUGCAGAUCUUCGCAGCGAGUCAGUUUGGCUGUGCAGCAGGCCACGUUCCUCCUAACAUGUGGUCUCAGGAGCCGAUGGGGCAGGACUACGGCCCGCUGCUGCAGCGUCUGGAGGCAACGGUGGAGAAGGUGCGAGUCCUGGGGUCAUGCAGACAGCCCUCCCUUGAUCAUGUUGUUAACUAUACCAGCAACUCAGCACUUGGACCCCGAGACGAACUGACGACUUCUGUGAGGAAAGAACUGGCAAUAGCUCUGAAAGACCUGUUGGCUCACGGCCUUUACGCUCCGUCACAGACCAUGAGCCUGGUGUUGGCCCCCAUCUCAUGCCUGCUGCCUUACAGGGCAGCUCCACAGACCAUGCACCCAUGGGAGCUUUUUGUCAAAUACUAUCAGUCAAAAAAUGGGAAGGCCUUUGUGGAGUCACCGGCCCGCCAGCUCUCCCAGUCCUUCAGCCUGCCAGUAGGGGGCGGCCCAGUGAUGGUCACCCCUAAACAGUCUCUACUUUGGGCCAUCCACACUGUGCUGAACGAACACGGACGCUACAAACGGGGACCAGAUACAGAGUUCAAAGCACUGGUGUGCAUGGCUCUGAACGAACAGCGGCUGGUGUCGUGGCUCAACCUGCUGUGCAAGUCAGGGACUCUGAUCCAUCCACACUACCAGUCCUGGAGCUACAUGGCCCAGACCGGCUUUGAAGGAGCCCUGCGCAUCCUGGGUCGCAUCAGUCACCUCAAAUUCAACCUCCCAGUGGACCUGGCUGUACGGCAGCUCAAGAACAUAAAAGAUGCUUUCUGAGGAAACACUAAAACAGUAGCAACUCCAUGAGAAAAAGAACUGCAUUACACCAUUUGUGCAAUUAACAUCUUAGAAAUUUUAUGGUUAGACAGCAUUAAAAUACACAUUAACAGGCUGCUUUAAGACUUCUCAUUUUGGUGUGUUGACCAAAAAACAGGACAUGUUACUGUCAUUCAAAGCACACAUACGUAUUGAAGUGGGGGGCUGCAUUCAUUACAUAAGCCAGGGUUGUGGUUUAGAAGAUUACACUUUAACGUUUUAGUGGCUGACAGUCAAUUAAGGAAUCACAUUGAAUGAGAUAAACAGUGCAUCAUUAUGGUAAUUUGGCUGUAGGCAUUAAAGAGACAGUAUGCCAUUUCCACAGUUAUGGUAUUGCAGUAAGGAUGGUCACUAUGAUGUGACUCAGGUGGAAAUUAUGUUUACAGAUGUGCUAUGUGUUGAUGUUCUCUUCACAUAAUGUUUAGUGACAUAUUCACAUUAUGCCAUUUCACUCUAACAAAACAGUAAUAAAUAACAUAAGGGGAUAUAAUGUCUGACUGGCAACAAAACAAAAUGGACAGUUUCCCUGCGUAAAGUAAUGGAUUUCUCUGAUAUUGGAUUAAUACAUAACAUCAUGCCAGUCAUUUUUAGAUAUUUUUAUUCUAUUCAGAACUUUUACUUUCUAGCUUCUGGUGAGCCAUAGCUCAAUUUAAUAUUUAGAUUUGUGAGAUUCUUUAAUUAUUAUGCCGGCAAGAGCGACAGCCAAAGAUUGUUGUGCCUCAGCCUUUUUAGUGCACCUGGUAGACAAGAAUAGAACAGUGUUGGCCCAGAACGCUGUUUGAGUGUUGAGGCCAAAAUGAGAUGUCUUAAGGUGUAUAUAGCUUCUCAUGUUAGUUAUUCAGUUGUUAUUUUCACAAAUGGUGUUCCAUAAGAAACAUGAAUAGAAAAACUGAAGUAUUUUAUCAGUUAAACUACCCCGCUCUUACCAAGUAUUCAGGAUCAAAAGACUUUAUGCUUUACGUAAUUAACCUAGUAAAAGGUUAUUUAAGCAGCCACAUGUAUGUAAAAGUGCAAGUAUGUAAUGUCUACAGUACAUGCAUGGACAGUUCCGUUGUGUGUCAGCUUCAGCCAUUCCAGAUUUUUGUCUGCAUAUUUAUAUCCUGGUAUGUUUGAGAUGCCAAAAUGUCAAGGUGACAAUGCUACUUGUACUGUAAACAUGCCUUAGUAUGGAGAUGGAGAUUACCUCAUCUUUAGUAAAGCCUUCCUGACCUUUGCGACCUGUGCUAAUCGUGUUUUUCCCCUGAGUGUUCGAUAGUGCCCUAACCUAUGCAGCAAUUGUUGUUGGAGAGGUUUAGUUUGUAGAGUAAUCAGUACUGUAAGGUGGCGUCCAGUUUGACAAUCCACAUGCUGUUUGAUGUCUGGAUACUGUGGCUCUCACAGUAACUGGAGGCUUGUGAUCGACCUAUGAUAUCAACCUGAAGAAACGUUGUGUAACUUUGCCCAAUGGUUUACAAAUAUGCAGCUGUUCACUCUGGUAAAUGAUGCUUUUUUUGUCUGAUUCUGUUAUCAUUCCUGGCAUGAUGUGUUUCAGGUGUGUGAAAAACAUGUAGACCCUGUAUGAACUGCUGCUUUUCUCUCACUGCAGGUGUUGUAAAAACAAAGUGAAAUAAUGAUGAUAAAAUUAUUUCAUGUUUAAGCUGAAACAUAUUUAAUAUAUUUGAAAGAUGUUAAUUUAGUUCUUGUUUCAAAGUAAAUAUUUGAAAUAUGAUUUUAUCUUCCAGAGACAGCUGAGUUGCACGUUUAAAUAUGAAUGUACAAACCAUAGAUGCUAUUAAACUGCAAUUAUUUUAAAGUGC